AUGGGCCGAGGCGAAAGGGCGGGAAAAGGGGAGGCUCGUGAGAAGGCUUGUGAGGAAAAGAGCCAGGCCCGAGAGCUAGCGGGAGGAGGAGCCACGGCUUCAGCAAGGCCGGCCCAGGACUUUGCUGUCAGGGGCUCCUGCUCCGGAAGCACAACCCAAGCAUUUGGUGAUCCAAGAAGACCUACUCUGACUAAUCAACAAGAUGCAGAAAGAAUGGUAUCAUCUGCACAUCUGAGAUUGUUGAUAACUCUCCCAGCAACCUUAAUUCUGGCUUUUGAUUUAUCCAGCCUGGCGUUUUGCACGAUGUACUCUGCACAAACCCUGAACCUCCUUCAACAGCACUUCAAAGAAGAGGAAAACAAAUUCCAGAGACAACAGGCUAUGUCUCAGGACUGCAUCCAGAGGAUAACAGAUCUGAAUUCUAAGAUUCAGGAAGAGAAACUAAGAAGGAGGAAGCAGAGAAUGGAGUUUGAACAGCAGCUGGAAGAGCUGAUGGAGAAGCACAAGGCUCUAUGGGAAUUACACACACCAGAGAUGCUGGCUCAAGAAAUCAACAGUACAGCCAGUAGCAAGGAACAGCUUCUACAGGAAGAAAAGCUAAUUCAGGAGAAAUUGGAUGGCAUGGAGAAACGACUCCCUGUGCUGCCUCACCCCAAGGCUAGGGCUGAGGCUCUAGCUGUCAACAGUGUGGACACCUUCCUUUGCAGUGAGGAAGCUGCUGCUGCCAUGCACCUGUUUGAGGAGGAAAACAAGAAGGCCAUGCAGUUCCUGGAGGCAGCCUCUCAGCAUUACCACCAGCUGCAGCAGCAGUACUGCAGACUGAAGAUGGAGCUGGAAGCUGGUGGCCAAAGUGAUAUCAGAGAGUCCAAGGGGAGCAUCACAGAGGCAGCUGCUGAAGGGGGCAGUGGUGUGGUUGCUGAGGGGGCCCAAUCAGAGAUUUUACCAAUGAGGGAAACGAGACUCAGGAUGAACAACUUGGACAGGUCAGAGACAAGAGAUGAGGUCUCUCUUGACUUGGAACUCAAGAAUGUGCUGCUUCUUUUCUCCCUCUUUAUCUUCAAUGGUUCUCCCAAACUUUCCCCCUUCUGGCCAGGAUUCUUCUUAUUGUCAAAAUACUGCCUGGCCUUCUUCUUCCAGGAUGCUUUCCUUUACCUUUCCUCUUUUAUCUUCAUCUGUCACAAGUGAAAAUCCCAAGAGACAGAGUUUCUGGGUAAUUAAUAAUCAAUUUA